CCGAAACUACAAAAGAGAAAGAGGAAAUUAUCUGGUCUUCUUCCUUCUGUGAGUAGAAGGAGAGCGAAACAUCUGCAGCUCCAGCAGUGGAGAAAAUACACAGCGAUAAUCAUGCCGAUGUUCGUGGUGAACACCAAUGUGGCUAAAAGCGACGUCCCUGCGGCUCUGCUGUCCGAAGCCACGGAGGAAUUGGCCAAAGCGAUGGGCAAACCCGUGCAGUACAUUGCUGUGCACAUCAACCCUGACCAAAUGAUGAUGUUUGGAGGAAAAGGAGACCCCUGCGCCCUCUGCUCCCUCCACAGCAUCGGCAAGAUCAGCGGCGCUCACAACAAGCAGUAUUCAAAACUGCUGUGCGGACUGCUCAACAAACACCUGAGCAUCUUUCCUGACAGGAUUUACAUUAACUUUGUGGACAUGGAUGCAGCCAAUGUGGCCUGGAACAACACUACCUUUGGCUGACCUGGAGGUCAACUUUCUAAAACAGUUCAUUCCAGCUUUUUCAUACUUCAUAUAGUCCAAAGCGAUGCAGUGGAUAACAAAGGCAGUCAGACGUUUGGAUUAGAACAGUCAGAAUACUGUGGAGCUUGUCCAAAAAGCACUUAACUCGACCCUUUGCACUAUUCCUUUUCCAUCCAAAAAUAAAAAAAUCCUGGAUGAA